GAAUAACUUGUAGCCUUGUACUCUCCUUGAAAAAAAAAAUAGAACUGUUUUUUCUAUGACAGGUAAUUGGCGGAAAUUAUGUUCCAUUUUUGAAUAGCUAGAGAAUUUGCGUUCUAAUUUGACGUUUUGUUAUCAAUGAAAAGUGAAAUUGUGUUGCUAAGUGUUGAGGCGUUCAUUUUAAAAUAUAGAUGACAUUAAAAGAGCAUCAUGGUGCUUUGGGUUGGACGAGGAAUACCAAUACCAAUCUUAAUAUUAUCAUUAUGUCGAAUAGCUGAUAUUAAAUGCAGCUUACCUGUAGACUUAGCUACCGACGAAAAAGUUCCUCAAACAACGUUGGUCCACACCACAACAUCGCCAGCACCACCACCGAUCAAUAUAUCCACAACCUACGCUACCAUCAUACCACCCAUUCCACCGAGCAACCGCGACAGGUAUCUAACCUUCGCGGAGUCUGGUCAUCAUCAGACCUUUAUGUUCGCUAAAGACAACACGUUUAUUCAACUGGAUGGUGAUAUCAUUCAGCGGUUUCAAUUGAGAUUAUGUCGAGAGAUCUCGUUUAGGUUUAGAACUAGACUGCCACACGGCCUAUUAGUGUACCACAACGUUAAGAACCCGGUCUUUAAGAUGCAACCGUACGCUUUGUAUGUGAUCGUUGAAAAGGGCGAACUCAAGGUUGUUCACGUGUUUGGUAAACAUUUGACGUCAGUAACUGUCGGAAGAGCUUUGAACAGAGACCAAUGGCACAAUGUGGUGGUGACCAUUGAUGUGCAUGGAGCGAGACUUAUAGCUAAAGUUGACCAACUUAAAGAAGAAGUGUAUUUAAAGGGAUUAAGUUUUGAUACAAACUAUGGAAUAACUGAUAAUCUCACAUCUGUUAUACUAAUCGGAGGUCUGAGUUCGGAAGAAAAACUCCAUGGAGUAAAAUAUAUAAUAGAAUCAUUCGUCGGUUGUAUAAGCGACAUGGUGCUUAGUUCUGGUAAAGCUGCAUCAGAUCUUCUGCCGAUAGUUCCUCUGAUCGCCACAAAACACGAGAACGUCAAGGAAGGAUGUAUCGACAAAUGCAAGACUAUGGAGAACUUGUGUUUCGAAGGUUCUAGAUGCAUCAACGAGUAUAAUGGCUACCGCUGUGACUGUUUCGGGACCUUGUAUGAAGAACACUUAUGUGACGUUUAUACGGCGACAAUAUUGACAUUACGCGGCUCCAGUUACGUGUCCUAUCGGGUUUACGACUGGAAGGACCGCGUUCACUCCACCAAUACCAGAGUCAGUUUGCACUUUAAGACACGCUUUGACGAUUCCGCCCUAUUUUACGCCAGUGGUCAAAUAGACGAUAAACACCAUUACAUUGCUCUAUCCAUACACCAAGAGAAGGUAGCAAUACAAAUAGAUCUAGGCGAUGGACCUGUUGAUGAUUCCCUGGGUUCCAAAGUUAAUAACAACAUGUGGCAUAACAUUACUGUUAUUCUACAAGAGAACCAAGUAUUCGUAUAUCUCGACGAUAUCUCAGCAACAUAUGAAGUACCAGGAAACGCAAAAUUCGUAUGUAUCGAUCCAGAAAUUUAUAUCUGUGGUGGUCCAGAUUUAUACAAAAUGAAAGGACUAAAAUCAUUUAACAAUUUCGCUGGUAACCUCAAGUAUGUAUACUACAAUGAUGUAUCGAUCUUGUAUGAGUUGAAACAGAACAAUCCAAAAGUACACUACAUAGGCGUAUUAGAUCCGGAAUUUAAGGAGAUUGACAUCGAGGUUAUACCAAUAACGUAUCCAUUUGCAACUUCACAUAUCUGGUGGCCUCUGAAUACUAGCAACAGUAUAAAUUUGAUAUUUGACUUCAAGACGAGCAAGAAUAUGGCUGUGUUAGCUUAUAGUCAGAUCACUUCUGGCCAGGGUUAUUUUGAGGUUAGAAUGGUGAAAGAAGAAAUAAGAUUUGAGCUGGUUCCAGACGUGGGUAAAAAUGUAACAGUAUUAAAGUCCGUUAAGUUUAAUGUGAGUAACGAUUGGCAUAACGUUGAACUUGACUAUAGAAAAGGAAGGAUCAAGUUGACAGUGGACUAUCAUAAUAAACAUGCGCAAAUGUUUGGCCUAGACUUUCAACUUCAAGAUAAAAUCGUAAUUGGAAGCGGUCUGAAGUCUGCAAACCUCGGCUUGAUUGGCUGUAUGAGAAAUGUGAAAAUUAAUGGACUGCUUAUUGAACCCAGGUUUGUGAUCAACACGGAGCGAGUGGUAGGUGAAGUGGCGAUAGACGACUGCCGCUACGUGGACCCGUGCACCAGACCCAACACCUGCGAGCAUGGCGGCAUCUGCUCCAUCAGGGAGGACAGAGUCAUAUGUAACUGUGACAAUACUGGUUACAUAGGAGAGAACUGCCACUUCGCAACGUUCAGAAAGACUUGUGAAGAGUUGGCUCUACUGGGCUACACCCGAAAUGACGUGUACCUUAUAGAUAUAGACGGCAACGGCAGGUUCCCUCCCGCUCAUGUCAAAUGUGAAUUUCAAAUUGAAGCUGACUCUUCGACUACUGUUGUUGAGCAUAACUUGCCGAGUCAAGUGGAUGUACGGUCUGCAUCUGGACAAGACUUUAGUUUCAGGAUAAAGUACAGGGAAUUCACAGCUGAAAUGCUGCAGGAAUUAAUAUCUCAUUCACUAUUCUGCCGUCAGUAUAUAAAGUACGAUUGCAAUAUGGCACCAUUAGAGCUACAUAGCGCAACUUGGUUCAUAUCUUCUUCUAACGACACCGUGGAUUAUAUUGGCAAUGUAAAGAGAACACUUUCUUGCAGAGGCUACUGUCCCUGUGGAGUCAAUGCUACAUGUGUCAACCCAACACAAUCCUGCAAUUGUGAUGCCAAUGAUAACAAGUGGCAUUCAGAUGAAGGUACUCUGGUAGAUCCUACGAGUUUGGGGAUAACUGAAAUGUUCUUCUUGCAGCAGAAGGAUCUGACUGAUGAAGCUCAGGGAAGGAUUACUUUGGGACCUUUGGAAUGUGUAGAAACCAAUACCCAGCGCUACGUGGUAACAUUCACAACCUCUCAGUCGUACAUAGAGGUGCCAGGGUGGAGGAAGGGUGACAUAGCGUUCAGUUUCCGAACGACUGGAACCAGCGCUAUACUGCUAUUCCAGCCGCCCAUACGACCCAACUAUCCCUCCUUUAUGGUCGCUUUAACCAGUGAACAUGAACUAACCUUCAACUUUACGUUAAACACGGGAACCACAAGGAAACUCGUGAUUAAUUCUAAGAGAAAGCUGAAUGGGGGUGAAUGGCAUAAAAUUUGGAUCGAUUACAACUUCUACCACGUCAGGUUCAUGCUGAACACUGAGUACCAGAUGCUGAAUUUACUGCUGGAGGAGGAGUUUGGGCCGUUUGAGGGUUCCAUGUUCAUCGGAGGCGCCACCGCUGAACAUCUGAAGAAAUCAGCUGUAAACCAAGGUCUCAUAGGCUGCUUCAGAGGUUUAGUUGUGAACGGUGAAAUUCUAGACAUAUACAGUUAUAUGUCUGUCCAUCUUUCUGAAAUCAUAAAGGACUGUAAACCAUCGUGUGUACCAAACCCUUGCCAGAACAGGGCUACGUGCAAGGAACUUUGGUCUUCGUAUGAAUGUAUUUGUAAGAACCGUUGGGCGCAUUUAGGAGUGCACUGCGAAGAAAAUAUCAAUAAAAAAGCACUUACAUUUCAAACCAAAGAGUCAUAUCUAAAAAAGAAUUACUUAUCAGACAAUGCAACUGAUGCAGAGAAAAUAAGGCUAAAGAAAAUGAUGGUCGAAAACGUUCUGAUGAAUUUAAGAACGUAUGACGAUAACGCCCUGGUCUUAUAUGCAAAUGAUAAUCUAAACAACUUUAUACAUUUGUUCAUACACAAUGGAACAAAAAUUAUCUACAUGUUCAAUCAUGAAGAUGAAAUCGUUCAAAUGAAUGUUACCUACGCUAAAAUGAACAAAGGGGAGAGCGUUCAGAUUGCUAUUAUAAGAACGGAGAAUACGACGACUUUACAUGUAAAUGAUAAAAAUGUAACUAUUGAUAAGGUUGCCAAGUUGUUGGCUAACUAUACCAAUAAACCAUGGAAGAAUCCGGAGCUAGAGGUGAUUCGUCCACAAAGACCACCAGCGCCUCCGACAGACUACUUCCAAUUGAAUUUAGGUGGUUACGAUCCAUACUCGCUGCAUCUAACACCUCAAGCUGAAAACUAUCCUCAAGGCGGCUACGUUGGUUGUGUGAGAGGGUUCAAGAUUGAUGACCAUGUUGUUGACUUGUCUAAGAAGGCUCAGCAGAACAUAGAUCAAGAUCUAACUGGCGUUCUGCCUGAGUGCAAUAUGAAAUGUGAUUCAGAGCCGUGUAAGAAUGGAGGUAUUUGUACAGAAGACUUCACAAAUCAAGAGAGCAGUUGUGAUUGUGAACUUACUAGUUACUUCGGAGAAUAUUGCAUGGAAGAAAAGGGAGCGGACUUUAAUGGAGAAAGCAUACUGCAGAGGAAAUUUGUACUUCCGCAAAAUAUUAAUAAGGUUAAAAUUAAAUUAGCUUUCUCAAGCAACGACCUCCGUCAAAAGAACACUGUUUUGCUCCUUGUCCAGACUGAAAACAAACGUAGUUAUUAUUUGUUAAUAGCAAUAACGCAAGAUGGUUAUUUAAAAUUUGAAGAGGAUCGAGAAGACUCUGCUUAUGGCGCUGAAGUAAAACAUCGAAAUUUUCUAAAUGGUGCCCGACAUACGGUAUACUACACACGGGUAGAACAAGAAGCUAAACUGUUAAUUGACAGAAUAGAAGUACCGCUAGAGAAGAUGCCAGCACAGGGCCUGUGGGAGGUGUUUGAUGUCGGUUCCAAUGAGGUGCAGAUUGGUGGACUCAAUACGACAGAUCCAAGGUUGAAGAUAUAUAAAGGAUAUAAUGGAUGUUUGUCCAAUAUCUUCGUUGAAAUCAAUGACUAUACUAUGAAACCAUUGGAAGAGUAUAUGUUGUUUACUCGAUCAGACUCAGAAAAAGUAAAUGCAGUAAAUGCGCAGGGUGUAAGAAGUGCGCAAUGCUCGGCUGAUUUUGAUGAGGCUUGGCCAGAGCAUGACCAGUUGGGAACAAAUCAUAAUGGCAGCUUUCUUAUUAGUGUAGACAAGACCUGGGUCGAGGAUCCACCAUCGCGGGUGCCAUUCCUCUCCCUCCACACCCAACCUGAUGCUGAGGAGGAGAGCACCGACAGAUUAUUCAUAUCACUCAUUGUUAUAUUCGUCUCAGGGCUAUGCUAUUGCGGAUAUCAUAUGUGGCGAACCCAAAAAGCUUACAAAUUACGCUUGGAAAAGGAAUAUGAUGAAAAUAUAAUGAGAAAUAAAGAAAAGGCGACCAAACUACAAGAACCAAGUGUCACCUUCUUACAAGUUAAUAAGGAAGAACAACAAAAAGACAAUGACAUAAAAUCAAAUGGAGUUAUGAUUGAUGUAGUACCAACUGUCAUUGUGGAGACUAAUGACGAUAAGCCAACCGUGAGAAGAGGAUCACUACGAUUUAGAGAUUUAGUUGAUAAAGACAUUGCAUGGGAGCCACUAGAGGAGAAGGAAGAGCCAUCAGAGAAUGAUGAUAGUGAUGAAAGUUCUGAUGAUGUUGAGUCUAAUGAUGAUAAGAAUUCGGCAGGAAGUAUUGAGAAUAUCAGAUCAUCACAAGUUUUAUACCCACAAAAAAUAGAUGAAGAAAAUUCUGUUGAACUUGUUUCAAAUGCUUAAAUAAAAUUAAAGAUUA